GUAAGACAUCUAGGCUCUUCCUUUGGACGUCGCAGUGCUUGGACAAUGGAGCGCCAAAAGUCAGUCGCACAUCUGGAGGCGCGCUGGACCCUACUGUCCUGCCUCGUCCUGUGCGUGAUCACGAGCGCCACAAGCUGCAAGCAGAUCAGUAUCUUAUCAGGAAAGCGUGUGCUAGAAGCGAGGGCCAACUUCGGGAAAGUGAUGAAAGACUGCAGUAAAGAACUUGCAAAAAUGGCCUCGCUCACGCCCAAAAAGGACUUUGGCAAGAGGGUGUCGCUUGUCUGCGCCGCAUACAACAGCUGCAUUGGUGAAGCAAAUGAGAAGAUAAAGGAAGGUUUCCAUCAGAAGCCUCACCAAAUGGUUCUCGAGUGCGGAAUGAAGACCACCCAAAACAAGAGCUCGCAGUUCUACACAGUGCUCGGAGACACCGACAGACUCUUGGACGCCGUGCACUAGGCGCUGG